UUCGCCUAUAAAAUGCGGUCUGCGGUCGGGACGAUUUCAGAACCGAUCUGCGGCUAGCCACAAGCCUGUCUCACUACGGGAGAGCUGGUCUGCGAGAACCCGCGCACAGCUAACUAGCACCCAGGAGAAUUCUCAAGCCUUCGUCUUUGUCUUAAAGUAACGCGUCCUUGCGUCUUGUACAGCGUCUUCAACUUCAAGAACAUGAAGGUCUUGCAGCGUUCCGUGGUGGCAGUGGCCGUGUUCCUCACGUGUUUGGUCCACGCCCUGCCUGAAGGAAAGGGCGAGUGUGACGGGAAGUGUUCCUGCCCCGCCCAGCCGGUCACGUGUCUGCCAGGCGUGCGCCUAUUGGAGGACCGGUGCGGGUGCCGGUGUAAGGUGUGUGCCAGCCUGCUGGGGGAGGAGUGUUCUGAGAUGGCGCCGUGUGAUGACACAGUCGGGCUGUACUGCGACUACAGCAGGGACAAACCAACAGGAGUCUGUAAAGCGACGUUCCAGGCACCGUGCGUGUUCCAGGGGAAGGUGUACCAGAGCGGGGAGGCGUUCGAACUGAGCUGCCGGGAGAAGUGCGUCUGUCAGAACGGCGCAGUGGGGUGCACGCCGCUCUGUCCACAGGAGGUCCGAAUGCCGUCCGACGACUGCCCGUUCCCCCGCCUGGAGAAGGUUCCCGGGAAGUGCUGUAAGCAGUGGAUGUGCGACGCCAAACCCAAGGAGCUCAGCGCCAAGGGACCCAUGCCCAUGAUCGCAGGGAAACUGGACAGCAAGCCGGAAAGAGAACAGGACACGAGACAGGAGAAGAGCCCGUACUACCAGAUGGACAGCUACCUGGGCCUCAUCCCCAGUCACGGAGCGGAGUACCCGGAGCCCGUCGCCUGCCUCCUCCAGGCCACGUCCUGGAGCCAGUGCUCGGUCACGUGCGGCAUGGGCGUGUCCACACGAGUGUCCAAUCACAACCCGGAGUGCAGGAUGCAGGUGGAGAAGCGCAUCUGUCAGAUGAGACCCUGCGACCUGCAGUACCUCGACUAUGUCAAGGAUGGUAAGAAGUGCCGCAGCACGAUCCGGUCCAUGGAGCCGAGUAAGAUCACCUUCAGCUGGUACAACACGAGAUGCACAACCGUCAAGGCUUACAAGUGGAGGUGGUGCGGCGGCUGCACCAUCAGCGGACGCUGCUGCACGCCCUACAAGGUCAAGACCACCACCAUGGACUUCAUCUGCGAGGACAGAACCCCCAUCAAGCAGGACGUGGCCUGGAUCCACUCCUGCACCUGCCACAGGAACUGUCCGCAGCAGUAAAACUCUACAACAUCCGGUCUAGCAUGACGUACAGGUCAAAGGUCAAUAGAACGUCUGACGUCACAACUGUAAAUGCACAUCGCCGCCAUCUUGGCUUGGUGUGAUAGUGAUGAGACAUUGCCAACGCACAGACGGCGGUUUUAAGAAGAAGGAUAGUCAGGUGUUCUCGAAGUAUGCGAAGGCAAAUAUCACACAUGGUCAGGUAGAUGGGGGAACGAAUGGUUAGAAAAUGUCUGGCGAUGAAAUGCGUCAUAGUCACAUGACUGUAAACUGCCUGUAGCUUGGCUACGUCAGUGACCGCCACCAAGCAGCGACCUCUGUCGGUGGUAAGGUGUUCUGCAACACUGAUUGGCGUGCAUUGAGAAGGCUAUUGGAAAUCCGUCCAAAGCAUUUCAGUCGAAAAUGCCACGUUUUUAAGUGAUCUUGAUUAGUAUAGAACGUUAAAAAAUGACCAUAUAACUUAAGUGAGCUACUAGUGGUCGCUUUAUCCGUACUGCUAUGUUAAGAGUAAAUACUUUGAUGUACAGCGUUGGUUAAGGAGUUAAUAGAAGUACAAAAUGUAUGACGUCGUGUAGAAUUGUUAUUGUACUGUAUAUAUUGGACGGAAACUUGCUAUUUUUGUAAGUGAUAUCUCUGUAAUUUCUAGACGAUAAUCUUGUAACAACGUAAAUUUAAAGAAUAAGUCUAUAAGAUUAAUAUAUAACUUAUAAUCAGAGGUGGAACAUUUAAGAUUGUGUAACAUUGAAUGUAUCUUCAAUGAUAUGUAAAGGCCAUCUUUAUAGAAUUGCUUUUCUUGUGACAAAAAUUGCAGUGUAACAUGUAGAUAAGAUAGCUGUUACCGUUUGUAGCAAAAUCGUUGCCGCUUGUAGCAAAAACAUGCUGGCGACAAAUUGGCGACAGUGAUGUUGAACUUGACACAUUUCCCAGGAAUGUGUGGCACAAACAGCUUGUUGGCGGCGACUUCAAAGAAAUUCCAGGACUUCUUUUGUAUAUUGAACUUGUAUAUUGAACUUGGACAUGUAAUCUGCUGAGGAAAACAGAGACAUGUCAUACGGCACGCAGGCAGAGUAAAGUGAUGACAGAAAUUUCGAAUGUUUGACCUUGUCGUUCUCAAAGUCAAGGACGUUUCUGCUCAUGAUGACACGUGAUAAACACGUGAUAGUUGAUAUGAUAGGUCCCACAUGCACACGUGACCUCCAGUGGCCUUCAGAGAUGUACAUGGUAGAGUGAAACAGUGAUCUGUCGCUGUCUGUCAAUAAAGUAUGGAGUUGUUUUUG